AUGUUCAAGGCCCGCUCCAACUCGACUACCUCGGUCGGCUCUACGUCGUCGACAUGCUCGACCCGCAGUACGCAGGACAUGAUCGCCCACAUUGUCGCUCAGGAGCCCAACACCAUCUACCUCUGGUCGGCGGGUAACGUACGCGUCAACGGGCGUGACCUAGGUCUCGACGCUGUCGGGGCCCUGAAACUCGCCGGCGCCAUGCGUUGCGACCACCGCUUCGAGUUUGUGCGGAUCGACUACCUCGACACCGAGGGGGACGAGUGGAAGGCGAGCUACCGCGUUGUCGCUUAG